AAAAAAGAACGUGGCACCCACUUCAGCCAUUGCCUAUAAAUUGUUGAUUUUAAAACUCUCUUUUAAUCAUUUCACAGAAAAGAAAAACAACUCCUCAAGAGCUUUGUUCAUCCUCAAAGUUAAAGGGAUUCUAAUAAUUAGAAACUUAAUCAGGAUCCUGAAUCCACUAUGGAUACAUCUGACUGGAGAGCUCAACUGGCACCUGAAACGCGCUCGAGAAUUGUCGAUAAAAUAUUGAACUCAUUAAAAGGACAUCUUCCUUAUUCUGGUUCUGAGGGUUUACUUCAACUUCAAAAAAUUGCUCAAAGGUUUGAAGAGAAAAUAUUUGUGUCUGCGAUAAGUCAGUCUGAUUAUUUACGAAAAAUAUCUUUAAAGAUGCUUACGAUGGACACUAAAUCUCCCAACACCAUUACCAACAAUAUACUACCUGGUCAAGGAAAUUUUGGAAUAGCUCCUAUGUCAGUUGAUGUGACUAAUGCCUUUAGGAAUCAAAACAAGAUUGGGCUUAACUCCACUUACAUAACCAAUAUUCCCGCUGAGGUGCCACCGAGCUCUUCUACGGUCCCAUUAGGACAGGAGAAAGAAUAUCCUUUGACACAGUCUGACCGUUUUAAGCGGAAGAGGGUUUCUUUGGGGAGUUCUUCAUAUUCUUCUGAAAGGACGGAGUCUGGAAUCCCUAAAGAUCCUUCUACUACAACGGUUAUUCACGACCAUAAUAACUUGUUUCGUCAAAGUGAAGUUUUUAAUUUUGCAGGACAGAUGGAGCCUUCUAAAGUUGUUUCACUUGGUUUGGAGAACAUCUUUGACGCCGUGGCCACUAAUGCGAUGUGGCUCAACUCUGUUGCUAACGAAGCUAAAGGUGUUUUCAAGACUUGGCCUUCUGAGAAGAUGAAAUAUGAAGAAAACCUCCAACGCCUGACUGACGAAUUGGUGAAAAAGGAUGAAUUAAUUGCUCAACUAAAGGAAGAGAACGUCAACUUGGCAACGAAGUCGGAGAAGGAAAAAUCUGAGCUCUCGUCCCAACUAGAAUCUUCAAAGAAGGCUUGUGAAAAUGCUAAGGCAUUGCUGAACCAUGCCAAUAAAUCUCUAGAGGAGGUUCGGAAGAAAAAUUCUGAUCUUGGAAAAUCUUUUGGCAGGUUAGGUAAAAUAAAAACGGAAGCAGUUUGAUCGGGUUUUCGACUGAGCAUAUAACUUGAUGAAAGCUUUUAAGAAAUUCACUAAGAAUGAUGUCUCUUAGGAUCUUCUUGCCACUUUGAUCCUCCAAUUUGUAUACUCUCUAUUCAACUAGUAAGAAAGAGAGGAUAAUAGCAUCUUUAUAGUUAACUGUAAUUUGAGCUCCAAGACUCUGAUUGACGCAUUGUUAAGAGCUUCGAAAGUCUAAUCAUUAAAAAUGCAUGAAAGACCAAUGUCAAGUUUCUAACAUAUUGGUUGUUGUUUGUUA